AUUUUUUUCUCUAGAAAGGGGGUCUCUUUCUGGAUGCUUUGCAGAGAGAGAGACCAGUACUGCUCGCUGGGAGUUUGAGGGGUGUAUUUUUUCCUCAGGUCUCUGUCUCUCUAAAACUCUCUCUUUUCUCCUUCCAAACCGGCAUUGCGGUGUUUGGGUUUUCUUUCUGAAGUUCGAGCUGGUAUGUUCAUGGUUAUGAGGCCAUUUAUUUGAUUCAAUUCUUUUAUUUUCUGCAUUUCUAUUUUUUUUCUCUCAGUUUUUCUGUCUACAUUGGGCCUGAUCUUUGAGAAAGAGUGCAGUUUUUUUGGGGGCUUUUGUUUUUGUGGGGUUAGGGUUUUAGGGGUGUGGCUUUUGGCUUUGAAUCUGGGAGGUUCACUGUGGAUUAGGGCGUCACUUUAUUCUCUUUCUCUAUCUAAUCUUCUUUUGAUGAUUCCCGUUUUUGUGGACCAUGGGGUUUGUUGCUUUUUCACUUUGGUUUUAGGGCUGAGGGGAUUAUAUGUCUAUGAUGGUUCUUUUGACUGGAAAUCAGAUAAAGCAGAAACCCCAUGAAAGGUUUGCUUGAUUGGUGCUCUCUUUGGUAGGACCUUGUUUCUCUCUCUAGUCAAUGAGAGAGAAAGGGAGCCCAUCUAUUGGGACCAGCUUGUCCCUUUGAAGGGUUUCCUUUUGCAGGUUUUGCUCCUGGGCUUUUUAGGGUUCUUUGCUCUUUCAGAACUUUCAGGUUUCUUCCUCUACCACUCACUUUCUCUCUCUAGAUUGGGGGGUCUCUUCUUGAAUCCAUCAUUUCUUUGGUGGGUGUUGAGAUCAGUUUGCUCAGAUGCCAUUAUUUCAGUUACCGGUUUGGAGAAGGGAUGGAGAGAUCAGGUAUGACACACUCUGUGCUCUGGAUCUCGAAAGCCACACUGUGAUAAACCAGAAAGAAGAGAGCUUUAGAGAGAAAAUAGACCUGAAAACCAUGAUUGAUGAGCUUGACUGUGUCGAAAUCCCCUGUGUUUUCAUUUGCCCCAUUUCGCUGGAGCCCAUGCUUGACCCUGUAACUCUAUGUACCGGCCAAACCUACGAUCGUGCGAACAUUAUGAAAUGGUUUUCAAUGGGUCAUCUCACUUGCCCAACCACCAUGCAAGAGCUUUGGGAUGAUUCUAUUACUCCCAACAAAACCCUACACCACCUUAUAUAUUCAUGGUAUUCUCAGAGAUAUUUGUAUCAAAAGAAGAGAUCAGAGGAUGUUCAAGGUAGGGUAAAGGAGUUAUUGGAAACCCUGAAAAAGGCAAAGGGCCAAACCAGGGUUCAGGCUUUAAAGGAGCUUCACCAAGUCGUUUCAGCUCACGAAUCAGCAAAAAAAACAGUAGUUGAUGAAAAUGGGGUAUCUCUAAUUUCCUCUCUCUUGGGUCCUUUCACUUCACAUGCGGUUGGUUCUGAAGCCAUUGCAAUUCUGGUCAAUAUUACUUUAGAUUCAGAGGUAAAAUCCAGUCUUACGCAACCUGCAAAGGUAUCUUUAAUAGUGGACAUGCUCAAUGAGGGGACAUUGGAGACCAAAAUCAAUUGCACGAGGCUUAUAGAGAUUCUGAUAAAUGAAAAGGAUUUUGGUUCCGAGAUUGGCUCAAGCCUUAGCUUACUAUCUGGUCUCCUUCGUUUAGUUAAGGAUCGAAGGUUCCCUAAUGGAAUAGCCGCUGGUCUUGGUUUGUUGCGGAUUUUGUGUUCUUAUAAGCAGGUUCAAACCCUAGUUGUGGGAAUUGGGGCCGUUUCUCAAUUGGUUGAGCUUCUACCAAAUGCUAAUUCAGAUUGUUUAGAGAUGGCUCUUUCAAUAUUAGAGUUGCUAUCCUCUGUACCAGAGGGCCGCAUGGCUUUAAAGGAUUGCCCUGUAUCCAUCCCAAAUUUAGUUAAGCUUUUGAUGAAAGUUUCAGAGAUUUGUACUCAAUAUGCUCUAUCUAUUUUGUGGGCUAUCUGUAAGCUUGCACCUGAAGAAUGUGCAGCUUUGGCUGUUGAGGCUGGGUUAGCUGCUAAGCUCUUGCUUGUUAUACAGAGUGGGUGUAACCCUGCUUUGAAACAGAGGUCAGCUGAGCUUCUCAAGCUUUGUAGCCUAAAUUACACGGCAACCAUUUUUAUUUCCAAAUGUAAACUCACGAGGACAAUCCAGUAGAGGGGAUACUUGGUAAUUUGGUGAGCUUCUUCGAGUUUUCGAACUUGGGUUUCAAAGCUUGAGCUAUGGAGAUUUGUUGGGGCAGGCUAAUUAUACACUUGGAGAUACUUGUAAGAGCAAGGUAAUUGCCCUUUUAUGGGCUCUCCGUUGUAUAGAGGAGCAUGUAGAUCCUGCUCUAUAAAUUGCAUACAUCACCAUGCUUGUAGAUUAUCUUGAAAUGGUGAGCCCAAUAUUGGAUUUGGUGCUCCUUGGAAAUUCGAAUAAGCAGGAGAAAUACUGGAUUUAUCUUGGUUUUGUUCUUCAUGAAUACAUCAAUUACUAUGCAAAAUUAUGGAUAUGAGGUUCCUGACAGGGCAACUUGUGAAUUCUUUUGUGGAACUAUAAGUAGGGUGGAACUUAUCGAAGAAACUUUGAAUUGGGGGGGGCAUCUGAGAGUGGUUUUAACGGAUUGGAGUUGCCUGGUCCCCUGACUUGGCUUAUGCUCUGUUUUUUGGCUGGGGAAUCUAGAGAAAAUGAGCAUCUUUGGGGACUUCAAUUGGUUCAAGUGGCUGGAGAACGAUCGAAAAUGAGUUUGGGUCAUUGAUUUCUCGUAUUUUCAAGGGGUUAAUAACCUGAACUGUAGAUGUUGCUAGAGCACUGCAACUUAAAACUCUUUUAAGUGUAUACACUCAUCUUGUUUUCCAUGAAAUGGACUUCUUGCCAUUAUUCAAUAUGUUUAUUAGUGAAUUUGUUUUUUUCCCCUUCAGGAUAUUUCAUAUUGAAUGCCAUAGUUUAUAUUCCCA